AUGUCUGAAGAAGCAAACUCAAAUACUCUCAAAUUAUUAUAUUGUCUAGACUCAAAUGAAACAAUUGAAAUUGAACUGAUUGAUUAUUAUCAAGUGAAUCAAGAAUUGAAUCAUGUUAAUAUUUUACCGAAAAAGGACGAAAUAGAUAAAGAAUCUGAGAUGAGAGUCGAGGAAGAUAUAAAGCAAAAAACUGGUACUAAAGUAAACGAAACAAUAUUAGAUAAAGAAUCUUACAUACAUAAUGAAGAAAUCAGUAAGUCAGGUAAUUUAGAGGAUAAUGCGAGUAAAUCAUCUGAAAGAGUUCCAGGAAAACGUGAUACAACCCGUUACUUGAAAUACACAACUUGUAAAAUAUGUAAUAAAACAUUCAAAAGAAGACGAUCAUUACUCAUACAUAACAGGAUCCAUACUGGAGAAGAUCUUCAUAAAUGCGCUAUAUGCAAUAAAUUAUUCACAACAAAACGAGCAUUAGACCAACAUGAAAUUAUUCAUGCUGAAGAACUUCCUUACAGUUGUGAAAUAUGCAAUAAAACAUUUGCACGAAAAGAAGGAUUAAAAAUGCAUGAAGUAAACCAUACUGGAGAGCGCCCAUAUAAAUGUGAAAUCUGCAACAAAACAUUCACUUUAAAACGUCUGUUAAAACGACAUGGAAACAUUCACACUAGAAAAUGUCUUUAUGAAUGUACAAUAUGCAAUAAAUCUUUGACAACAAAACAGAGCCUAAAGCAUCAUCAAAUUAUUCAUACUGGGGUACGUCUUUACAGUUGUCAAAUAUGCAAUAAAACAUUUGGAACUGAACGAGCAUUAAAAGUGCAUGAAAUGGACCAUACUGGAAUACGCCCGCAUACAUGUGAAAUAUGCAAUAAAACAUUCACAACAAAACCUAAAUUAACUCGACAUAAAAAGGUCCACACUAAACAAUGUCUUCUUAAAUGUGCUAUAUGCAAUAAAUCCUUUAAAACAAAACAAAGAUUAAAGGAUCAUCAAAUUAUUCAUACUGGUAAAGGUCCUGAUGGAUGUCAAAUAUGA